UUGCAAUCUUGAUGAAUAAAAGAUGAAGAGUCCAUUUCUAUUUUGUGUGGUCGUUUCCCAAUGGCCAGGUACCACUACUAGUCUAGUCCUUUUCUCUCCCUUCUGUCCCUCUAAAAUUUCACAAUCUUUUAUACCACAACACAAACUACGUGUAUUCUAGUAUUGUAUUGUAUUGUAUCAAAAUUCAUGAUGCAAUUCAGUGAGAGCUUCCCUCCUCUGCCUCCGCCUCUGCCUCACCAAAUUAUCCCAAACAAGGCCGCCCGGCGCUGGCCGGGCCUCCCAUCUCCGAAGCUGCAGGGCAGCAGCUUCGGAGACGCCAACUGCAUGGAGCAGCUUCUUGUCCACUGCGCCAACGCCAUCGAGACCAACGAUGCCACGCUGGCGCAGCAGAUCCUCUGGGUCCUCAACAACAUCGCCCCUCCCGACGGCGACUCCGGCCAGCGCCUCACCUGCGGCUUCCUCCGCGCCCUCAUCUCCCGCGCGGCGAGAAGCGGCAGCUGCAAGCUCCUCUCCGACGUCGCCGUCUCCAUCCCCAACCACAAAUUCUCCAUCAUCGAGCUCGCCGGCUUCGUCGACCUCACCCCCUGGCACCGCUUCGGCUUCACCGCCGCCAACGCCGCCGUGAUGGAAGCCGUGGAAGGCCGCUCCGUCGUCCACAUCGUCGACCUCAGCCUCACCCACUGCAUGCAGAUCCCGACUCUCAUCGACUCCUUCUCCACCCGCCCCGAGGGCCCGCCGUUCCUCAAGCUCACCGUCGCCGGCGCCACCGAGGAUUUCCCCCCGAUGCUCGACCUCUCCUACGAGGACCUCGGCGCGAAACUCAUCAAUUUCGCCAGAUCUCGAAACGUAGCGAUGGAGUUCAGAGUCGUCCCCUCCUCCUCCUCCGACGGCUUCUCCUCCCUAAUCGACCACCUCAAAAUCACCGGCGCAGGCGACAACAAUGGCGAAGCACUCAUCGUAAACUGCCAGAUGCUGCUCCACUACAUCCCCGAUUCAGAAACCCUAGGAGCAUCCUGCGUGGCGAAUCAUGUGAAUUCACAUCAUUCGCCACGCUCGAUGUUUCUGAAGGCUGUGCGGGGACUGAAUCCCUGCACAGUCCUGCUCGUGGACGAGGACGCAGAUUUCACGUCAGAGAAUCUGGUGACGAGGCUGAGAUCCGCGUACAACUAUCUCUGGAUACCGUACGACACGGUGGAGACGUUCCUGCCGCGGGAGAGCAGGCAGAGGCAGUGGUACGAGGCAGACAUGUGCUGGAAGAUCGAGAACGUGGUGGCGCAGGAGGGGCCGCUGAGGGUGGAGCGGCUCGAGCCGAAGGGGAAGUGGGUGCAGAGGAUGAGGGGCGCCGGGUUUCGAGGGGUCGGGUUUAGCGAGGAGGCGGUGGCGGAGGUGAAGAGCAUGCUGGAUGAGCAUGCGGCCGGGUGGGGGAUGAAGAGGGAGGAGCAAGAUCUUGUGCUUACUUGGAAAGGGCAUAAUGUAGUGUUUGCAACUGCUUGGUUGCCUGCUUGAACUAAGUUGAUCCUCAUUAGUUUCUUCUAAUUUAAUGUGCCAACACUAUCUAUCUUCUUCUUCUUUCUUGAUUUGAUUAGUGUUAGCUAGUUAGCAUGGAUUAUGUAUGAGCUUGGCUCACAUGACUGUUAAUUAUAUUUUGGAAGAUUGAUUAAUGAUUACUAUAU